GGAUAUAGUGUAAAUGCAGGGUCCGGGGAGACCGAUAUAGUGAAUGCAGGGUCCGGGGAGACCGGAUAUAGUAAAUGCAGGGUCCGGGGAGACCGGAUAUAGUGAAUGCAGGGUCCGGGGAGACCAGGAUAUAGUGAAUGCAGGGUCCGGGGAGACCGGAUAUAGUGAAUGCAGGGUCCGGGGAGACCGGAUGAAUAGUGAAUGCAGGGUCCGGGGAGACCAGAUAUAGUGAAUGCAGGGUCGGGAGGGGAGACCAGAUAUAGUGAAUGCAGGGUCCGGGGGAGACCAGAUAUAGUGAAUGCAGGGUACGGGGAGACCAGAUAUAGUGAAUGCAGGGUCCGGGGAGACCAGAUAUAGUGAAUGCAGGGUCUGGGGGAGACCAGAUAUAGUGAAUGCAGGGUCUGGGGAGA